AGUCGAAUUCGCCUUCCCAUUUCUCGUUUGAAGCUCUAAGGUUCAUCGAACAGUAAAAUAAGCUUUGUUGGUCCAUGGCGAUACUAUCUUCCUGCCCUUCAAAAUUGCCACCAAACUCUCUUUCCCCCAAAUGAAGCUCGAAACAAUUCAUAAAAUUCACAAAAGAUACAGAUUCCUUUUACUAAAAUGUCAAUACAUGGUCAUUUUUGGAAAUCAACCUUCUCUCGACCUAUGAUAAAUCUUUCACUUGUCACUCAAAGCUUUACUGGCAACAGAACCAUGACCAGCAACCCCUUACCAUUACUCCCCUUUCCAAAAAUUACACCACUCCCUCGCUCUCUCUAUCCAACAUCUUUCAACUUCACUCGGUCAGAUUUCCGUCGACAAGAUGAAUCACCAGACACUGAAUGGUAUUCUCAACCACGAUUUGUUCAACACAUUGAUGAGGGCGCUAUCUUCACAUUGAAACACUACUAUUCCCAUAUCAUCACACCGGCAUCAUUUGUUCUGGACAUUUGUUCAUCAUGGGUUUCCCACUUACCCUCUCCGCUCAAACCGAUCCUGAUGAUAGGAAUUGGUAUGAACGAAGCAGAAUUAGAACGAAAUGAACAUUUAACCAGCUAUUUGGUCAAAGAUUUAAAUGUUGAUCCAACAUUUCAGGAGGUCAUUGAUGCAUCGAUGGAUGUGGUUAUUUGUAAUGUAUCGGUGGACUACUUAACGCAACCGAUUAGAGUAUUUGAGGGAAUGAGGAGAGUGUUGAAGGAGGGGGGUGCGGCUCAUAUUGCUUUUAGUAAUCGAUAUUUUCCGACCAAGGCUGUGGAGAGAUGGUUGACGAUGGAUGAUGGGGACAGGAGGAAAUGGGUUGGAGGUUAUUUUUGGGCAAGUGGGGGAUGGGAGAAUAUUGAAGAAGUAGUUUUGAAGGAGGGUAGGUAUGAGGAUCCACUGUUUGUUGUGAGAGCGAGAAAGAUGGGAGGGAUUUGAGAGGAGGUAUCAUUUGAGAGGAGGUAUCAUUUGAGAGGAGGUAUCUUGACUUGUGGUCAUGGAAAUGUUCCAUCGCUCGAAAGGAUGGUGGUGGUGAUGAAAGGAUGGACGGUUUUAAUAUUGGAACGAUGAAGAAUUGGUAUCUGUCCCGGGCAGAGAAGAAGUCGAAAAAAUAUAAUCUUACCAUCACCAUUACUAACUAGGUAUACAAUAUUAUGACGGAUGGAAAAAGGAAUCGUCGCUUUUAAUUGUGA